AGAAUCCAGCCUGCUUGCAUCCUACGACGCGAAAUUGGAGGAAAGAUUAUUUACCACGCUGCUCAAAUGAUUCCUGAAUAAUCGGCAUAGAUCACAAAAGCCUUUACUCAGAUUGAUUUUGUAUUCUUUUAAGAGAAAAGGGACGGCGAAUCCUAUCGGGAUAGACGCUUUUAACCAACCUAACCAAUGAUAUAAAUGUCAGUCGGUCAAGGUCCACUCACACUCCAGAUGUGCGUUUAGCGUUUACACGCUUACUUCAGGUUAGCUUCGCUUUCUCAUUCGAAACCUGUGUACAUUUUGAACGGAAACACUUUCAAAUAGUGCCAUUAUGGGAAAUCUUCGCUUUCGGAUGGGAAUGGGAAUUCUGCUUCUUGGUAUUUGACUGGGACUUUUAACCAUGGAUUUAACCGCAGAAGAGCAGACAUGUAGAGCGACAGACUGAUGAUUUUAAGAAACACUGAAGAUCCGUGAGGAAACACGGGAAGAAUCCUACAUACAAAUCGUGCACGUGAAGGAAGAAUUACAGUUCUGCAAAGAAGCUCAUCUGUGUUUUAUUGCUGACAGCUCUCCAUCGUUCGUUAAUCUCAGGUUAAUCAUUAAGUGGACACGAUUGUGGUUUAUUUCAGGUUAGGCUUGUACCUUUGCUAUCAUGUCGGCGGUGAUGAUAACACGGAAGCCUACUCGAAAAUGGGAGAAAUUACCUGGGAAAAACACCUUCUGCUGCGAUGGACGGGUUAUGAUGGCUCGGCAGAAAGGAGUAUUUUACCUGACCUUAUUUCUCAUCGUUGGAACCUGCUCUCUGUUCUUCUCCUUUGAGUGCCCGUACCUGGCAGUGCACCUGUCUCCUGCCAUCCCUGUGUUUGCAGUGUUGCUCUUCAUCUUUGUCAUGGCCAUGCUGCUCCGAACCAGCUUCAGUGACCCAGGGGUGCUGCCACGGGCCUUGCCGGAGGAGGCCAACUUCAUUGAGAUGGAAAUCGAAGCGGCCAAUGGGAACGUCUUGGCUGGACAGCGGCCUCCACCCCGCAUCAAGAAUGUGCAAAUUAACAACCAGAUCGUCAAGCUGAAGUACUGCUACACCUGCAAGAUCUUCAGACCCCCUCGUGCUUCCCAUUGCAGCAUCUGUGACAACUGCGUGGACCGGUUUGACCAUCACUGUCCCUGGGUCGGAAACUGCGUAGGAAAGAGGAAUUACAGAUAUUUCUACUUGUUCACACUCUCUCUGUCUCUGCUUACCAUCUACAUCUUCGCCUUCAACAUCGUCCAUGUGGUUCUACGUUCUGUAGACUCUGGAUUUGUGAAUACCCUUAAAGAAACUCCCGGAACAUUGUGGUUGGAGGUUCUGGUGUGUUUUUUCACGAUCUGGUCUGUGGUGGGAUUGACUGGUUUCCACACCUACUUGAUCUUCCUCAACCAGACCACCAAUGAGGACAUCAAAGGCUCGUGGUCUGGAAAGAACCGUGUGCAGAACCCAUACAGUCAUAAGAACAUCAUCAAGAACUGCUGUGAGGUUCUGUGCAGUCCUACUUUCCCUAGGUAGGAACAUUACUGUAGUUUUGCUUGUAUACAGU